AUGGUGUAUUAGAAUUUCCCUAGUUUACUCAGCUCCGCCAGGGUUUUGCGUUGAUACAGAAGAGAGAGAAACAGAAGAAAGGGGAGAGAGAGAGAGAGGGGUCGAAAAUGGUGAAAUCGUCGACGACGAAGGACGCUCAAGCACUGUUCCACUCGCUCCGUUCUGCUUAUGCAGCCACUCCCACAAACCUCAAGAUCAUCGAUCUGUACGUGAUGUUUGCGGUCUUCACUGCUCUGAUUCAGGUAGUUUACAUGGCUAUUGUUGGAUCCUUCCCAUUCAACUCUUUUCUCUCGGGAGUUCUUUCUUGUGUAGGGACAGCAGUUCUUGCUGUUUGUCUCCGUAUCCAAGUGAACAAAGAAAACAAGGAAUUCAAGGAUUUGCCACCAGAACGUGCUUUUGCAGACUUUGUUCUCUGCAAUUUGGUGCUCCAUUUGGUGAUUAUGAACUUCCUUGGAUGAAGUCUGAGGCCCUAGGACUGUAGGAAUAUUGUUCACUGAAAUACUUACAGCCUGUUGGUUGCCUUUCUUGUUAGGUUAUUAACUUCACCACAUAAGAAUUUUUAUUUACUUUUGGAAUUUUUUCUCAAUGACCGGGAGUUUCAAACUUUGUGUACGAGUUAAAAACAUACCUUAAGUUUUGAAGCUAUUUCUAUUGCUUUUUGUUUUUCUUUUUCCCCCUUUUA